AUGGACGCCGAGGUGGUCAAGCUGCUGCUUGUAGGGGACGAGAAGUGCGGCAAGACGACUUUUCUAUCGCGGCUCAGCGCCGGCGAGCAGACGAAUCCGAUCCCGCUGCUUCGCGACAUCGACCAGCCGUACAUCUUCAACAUCAACCUCGGCAGUAAGAAAUACUGCCUAGAGUUUUACGACACAUCAUGUCCCGACAACUGGCGACUCCUGGACCCGGACGUCAUUGUCAUCUGCUAUGACAUUAGCCAGCGGCUGAGCCUCAUCAACAUGAGGCGAUACUGGCUCGACGAGGUCAAGAGAUCCUUCAAGCGGAUAGACAGCUUGCCUGUGGUGAUACUCGGGCUGAAACGAGACCUGAGGUCGGAGACGGAUCCCAACGGCAUCAUCUAUCCCCAAGAGGCGUACCAAGUCGCGCAGACGAUGCGGGCGGAUCGGUACGUCGAGUGUUCUGCCGUGACUGGUGAGCUGCUUAAGCCGGCGUUCGAGGAUAUUUGUAAAACGGCGACCAGUGCAUCGUCGGAGGCGAGUGGUAAGAGCGAGGCUGGUUGCACGGUACUGUAA